AUGAUUCCAAAAGAGAAACAGAAAGGCAUUUAAAACCUGAAAAUAUUGUUAUUUAUGUCUAAUUUUAUAAGAAUUUUGAUAUAACAAAAGUAUUGUAUUCCUAAUAUUUAAAUUAAGAAUUCUACUAAAAAAAAUUCAAACAAGCCCAAUUAUACUAAUUUGAGAAAUGCAAGUGUCGAUUAAUAUCUCAAUGUGCAAUUUGACCUUAUUAAAAAUAAACCUAAUUCUUUUCACAGUCUUGCUUGUUCUUAAUCUAAAUACUAAAAUUAUUUAUUGAUUCAUGGUUUAAAUUAAAAAAAAGUAAUAGAAAUUCAUUAUUUUUUAAAAAAGAUUAUGAAUUGCACUUAUCAUAUUAAAAAAGAAGUAUAAUUCAUAUGUAAAGCUUCUCACAAGUGUAAAUUUCAGAGAAAAUUGUGUACUGAAUGUCUUUAUGAGCAUGAAGUCGAUAUUAAACAAACAGUUCCGAUUGAUAAAUUUGUAGAAUAGCUUAUCAAAAAACUAAAAGAAUCUAAGCUAGAUGAGACAUCUGAAUUAAAUAACUAAAGAAUGAAAUUUAAAUCCCUGGUCUCUCAAGUUCAGAAUAUGAUGAAGAAAAUGUGGGAAGAUUUAACCAUAUCCAUAAACUAGGUUUAUGAUAUAAUUGAAUAGGAAAAUAAAUCAUACAUCAAUCUUAUCAAUGAAAAUACGAAUCUAGCAGAAGCCUCUUAUACUGACUUAGAAAAAUUAUUAUAAAUUUUAGAAGGAAACACAUUAAAUUAUUGGAAUACUUAGAAAGAUUUGUAUUUGAUAAACCUAGAGAAGGCAAAGAAUUGGUUGAGCUCUGAAGUUACAGCUUUCAAUGAAAAAAUUUAAAAAGAAUUGACACCAUUAAUAAAUUGUAAAAUUAAUCAUCAAAUUCAAACAUAUUAAGAUCAUUUAUAAUAAUUAAUAUAAUUAUAGCAAGGAUAAGAAUAACAAAUUAAGUCUGUACCUUAAUUCAAAAUUAAACCAUUUACUUAUUAAAUAAUUAAACAGAACUCCAUUCCAUAAACCUAAAGUUGUUGGGCAGUUGCUUUUAAUAAAGAUUGCUCAAUUGUAGCAGCUACAUGCGACGAAUUAAUCAAAAUAUAUGAAUUCAAAUAAGGAAAGUUGAAAUAAAUUCAAGUCUUAAAUGAUCAUUAACGUAGAGUCUGUAAUUUACUUUUCUUGAAAAAAUCUAAUUAGCUUAUAUCUGGAGAUUUUAAUGGAUCUAUUUUGAUUUGGUCAAUCAAUAAUAAUAAUCAAUGGAUUUGUUCAUAAACACUUAAAUAACACGAUGAUCGUAUACAUUGUUUAAUUAUGAAUAAUUAUGAAAACAUUAUCGUAUCAAGUAGCGAAGAUAAGACUAUUAAAUUUUGGAUUAAGCAAAAUGGAUGGGCCUUAUAAUAAACUAAUACAAGUCAUAAAGGUAGUGUUUAUUAGUUAAGUUUAAUUGGAUAAAAAAAUAAAGUUAUUUCAUGUGGAAAUGAUAAAUUAAUAUUAAUAUUAGAAUAUUCAGAAUAGAAUAAAAGGUGGGCAAUAGUAUAAAAUAUUUAAGUUGAUUAAUAUGGAUUGCGAUUAUGUUUUGUAAAUGAUAAUCUUUUCACAUUUCAACCUCAUAAAGGGAAUUUAAUACAUGUUUAUGAGUUGAAUAUUGUAAGUAAAUAAUUCACUAAAACUAAACAAAUUUCUUUAGAUCAAAGCGAUGGAGAUAGCAUUUUAUUCUUCCCAUAAUAAUAUAUAAAACCAAAAUAGUUGCUUGUGAGUAAGCAUAGUAAUAUCAAUUUAAUAAGAAAGAUAGAAAAUGAUGAAUUUAAAGUUGAGUAAUCUAUUGAAUUUGGUACUAAUCAAUUAUAUGGGUAAAUGAGUGAUGAUGGAGAGUAUUUGAUUACUUGGGAUGAUAAAUCUAAAGAAAUAUAAAUAAGGAGAUAUAUAGAAAAAUGAGC